AUGCCAAAGAGUUCAGAGGAAGCUACAAAGAAACUUGCAAAAUUAUUGAUAGAAAAUCCGAAGAGUAAAGUGAUCUUUAUGGUAGGUGCGGGGAUCUCGACUUCAUGUGGGAUUCCUGAUUUCAGAUCACCAAAUACCGGUCUAUACCAUAAUUUAUCAAAAUUGAAUCUACCAUAUGCUGAAGCAGUCUUUGAUAUUGAUUUUUUUAAAGAAACACCUAAACCGUUCUAUAUGUUAGCAUCUGAACUUUACCCUGGAAAGUUUAAGCCAUCGAAAUUUCAUUUAUUAAUGAAAUUGUUUCAAGAUAAGAAUCGCUUACACAGAAUAUAUUCUCAAAAUAUAGACACUUUAGAAAGGGAAUCUGGAAUCUGCCCCGAAUAUGUCAUAGAGGCUCAUGGGAGUUUUGCAGAGAAUAUAUGUAUAGAAUGCAAUAGAUUGUAUAAGAGAGAUGUUUUCAAGAAUAAAUUAAAAGAAUAUGAAAAGAAUCCCAAGGAUGAAAACUUAGCAAGAUGUGAAGAAUGUGAUGGUCUAGUAAAACCGAAUAUUGUUUUCUUUGGAGAGGAUCUGCCACGUAGAUUUUUCGAAAACUGGGAUUCUGAUCUUGAAGAAAUGGAAGAAGAAGGAUCUAAAGAACAAUUAAUCGUGGUUGUGGCUGGAACAUCAUUAACAGUUUACCCAUUUGCAAGUUUACCAAUAGAGGUACCGAAAACACACCAUAGAUCUUUGAUUAAUCGUGAAAUUGUAGGAGAUUUCUUACAGGAGCCCAGAAAGUCAGAUAUUAUUAUUAAGAGUCAUUCAGAUGAGGCUGCCCAAAUUAUUGCAGAAGAAUUAGGGUGGACAACGGAAUUAGAUACCUUAAUGGAAGAAUUUGGUAUAUUGGAAACUGUUGUAGCUGUCAAGGAUGAAUUAGAGUCAAUUUCAAAGGGAUUGAAUGAUUUGACAAUAAAAGAUGAAAAUGGAACUAUCACUAAAAAAAACAACCAAGAGCUUAGAAAGUGCACCUCUGAAGCUUCUAAUGGAAGUGAUAAAUCUAAUGGCGAUCAUAUAACUAACGUCAAAGAUGAGGCAAUGCCAACAAAAUAA